CUUUCACUCGGAGAUGUUCCUCGGGAGAGGUGAAGAAGAGACAGUAAUGAGUUAAACAAGGCCAAUAAAAUACAUCAGAAAGGGGGAUUGAGAAAGAAAAACGAAUUGAUGUCGCCUUCUCACCGUUUCUGACUGAUUUAGCCGAUGUAGCCGUCGAGGUACCUUUCCCACCCUCUUAAAAUCAGUGGUGAGCCAGAGCGAAAGUUUUUUGGGGAAGGAACAAGAAAUCUGAAGCGGUAGAGGAAACCAAAAGAUUCUGUGAGAUGAAGUCAACUUGCUUUCUUAUUUAUUUUUGAGAGAUGAAUACACAUUCUCUGUGUGUUAGUAGUGUUUCCACGUUAACGGUGAGUGAUUUGGCGCUGAACGAACCAAUGUUCGAUCUUUCAUGUUAGUUGUGUUUAGGCCAUGUCGUGCGGCGCAGUCUUUCUAAUUGGACUUUGCCCUCCCAGUUUGAAGAAAUCUCUAUAAAGUCUUUUUCCGACAUUAAACUGUUUUUCAGUUUUUCAAUGUAACAAAUUGGUUACUAAGCCUCCGAGAGUUCUUAAAAGCUUUUUUCUUUACGAUCUCAAUCUUUGAUCUUCUUCGCAGGAAAGUUGAACGAUGGAUUCGGACGCAAAAAUAAAAUAAUUUAUGCUAAUCAAGUCCCUCUGAUAAGCAUACGCAAAGAGCCCAAUUCUGCCUUGUCAGUCAAGUCUUAUACGACAACAUUAUGCUUUUUCAAGAGUAGUUAACAACAAACAUGGCUUUUUUCCUGAAAAACCUUCAUGAAAAACCUUUGGACUAAACUUCCAACUACUAGUCUACUGAUGGAGUUUUCUGAUAUUAGCAACGUGUACGUGAAUAGAAGAAUUCAUAUAACUCGAUUCCCAAUUGAUCUUUAGACCUCCAAAUAACCGGCGCUGUAAGGAAACUUGUAAGAAUUAUAUACAAUGGGCUGCAAUUUUUCACAAUUUUUCACCAGUUACUCAGAUAACGUCAAACUUAAGGCAACAUUUUAAACAAUCACUAGUCACGAUAUUUGUUUUUAAGAGGGAUGCUUGAGUUAAAUAAGCAUUUUACCAGUAAUUGCUUAGGGUUAGGGUUCAGACAUCUUGGGCUUGAUCACAAAAAUUAAUUUUUUUUGUCUAAACUGAAGAUGGCACCAAACGUGGUUUGUCUUGAAAACGGCUAACUUUUGUUUAAAUGGCUGGGCUUCAAAAAUUUUGGUCUCCGGAAAUUAUCACUCUGAAUCCAGUGUUCAUAUUAAAUGUAGCUCCAAAGAAAUAUGUGGUAAGCUCCCUGUCGAUCCUGUACAUAAUGGGAUGAGUAAAUAUAUUGUUCAAUAUAUGAACGAGGAGGAAUAGAAAAAGAAAUGAACAAAAGGGAAGCUGAAGGGUAACCACAACAAAGUUACUCACUAGGUAACCUCCGUUGAAACUGAGGGAAUUUUUUGUCUCAACGUUAAUAAAUUAUACCGAUGCAAAAUUAUAAUAACCACAUUUCUUUGUUUGAUAAAGAGUCAUGGUGGUAGUUUGGAUGAUACUGGUGACGAGCACGGCCAUGAUGCACGUAAGUUUUGUGCCAGUUCUAUGGUAGAUCUAAUCUGUUUCUUAAAUCUCCUUAUUUGGCUUACAAUGGUGCGACGUAGGGAAGACGAGUGUAAAGGUCACUUCCAGACUCCUUCGAAUGCCGCUUCAUUGCAAGGAUGCAACAUGCGGAAAUUUCAGUUUUAAGCUGCGCUAGCCGUCACUUUACAUGACUCUACUUCUCUAAUUAACCUUUGCAUUCUUUCUUAUCGUUCUAUUUUCAGUUGCUAUCACGGCGUUAAUCGUAAUGGGAGCCAUCCUUGCCAUUCAGUAUACUAUCUUAGUGUUGACUUUAUGCUGCAAAGUUUGGGACAGAGCAAAUGGGUAAGUCUCUUUCUCCUGGUCUGUACGUCAAUUGAAGAACAUUGAGUAAGGGUCUGAAACUGAGUGGUAGAAAACUUUUUUAAAUUGAGUAGGAACACGUUUUAGUCAUCAGAGGUACGAGAAACCAAAAAUUGACUUUGGGGUGAGUAUAAAACUGACUCAGGGUCCAGAGAAGUGACCGAAAUCUCUGGCUAAAUUAAGGGAAUCCGUGAAGAACUGAAAGUCCUCAUACCGUUCCCACAACAGGAUUCUGUCAUUAUUGGGAAUCUUUGCAUGUUUCAGGCCUUCUGUCUUUGGAGGCAGGUGGAAGAGCGAAUGAGAGACAAACGGAAGUAGUUAUCGACAGAUAAACGGCUGCGCAAUUUCCUCUUCCUGCCUGACCCACACGAUCUUCUACGCGCUGCUUUUUCGCGUAGAGGACAACGUAGUGGGGGAGGAUGACAUCUUCUUACUUGAAUUUUAAUGGCUUAUAAUCAAGCUAUGUAUCGAUGCGAGAACAAAAAUUGGUAUAAAUCACCAAAAAUUCAGCUUGAUUGUCGUAUAGGCGUUAUUGACCCAAUGUGAGGUCAACAGGUCAAGAUGACUGGAUAUUGGCCGAGCUCCUUUUUUGCAUUUUAUGGACUUCGAUUUCGUUUCGCUCCAUGAAAACGCAAAAAUAGAAUGAAGGCAAUAUCCAGCCAUCUUGACUUAACAAGCUUGGUCAAUAAAGGAUUUAUUAUAAAGCUGAAAGUUUCUGCUUUAUUAAGAACCAAGAUUGACUUGUUUGAUUUGAGGGCUGGGAAAGAAAGCCAAUUGUGUUUGUAACACAAUAAACCCACAAGGGUUUGACUGUCUUCUGCUCCUUUUUAUGAAUCCAUUGCCGACAUUUUACAAAAAUUACGAAACUAGUAAGUCCGUUACAGGUAUUUGUUUUUCUUGAACGGGAUCAAAGGGAGCAAUUCCGAGCGGGCAAGAUGGGCCCAUCUGUGGAGGCAGGUGAAAGAGCGAGUGAAAUGUCAUUCACGACACAUGUCAUAUUGCCCAGGGGAACUGCCAGCGAUAUAAUAAAUUUUACUUACCACUCCUUCCCUAUAACCCAUUUAGAGUUUCAAAGACAUAUGAAUAAGCUAAAUAAUGUGUUUAGCUUGAUGUUCAUAUCUAAAUUAAAUCCGUAAUAGUGCAUAUCUAGACCCGUUUUAGACCACUUACUUACAAUUAUUUGUUUUUUUUUAUUUAUUAAUUUAUUUUUUUUUUUGGUUUAGAACCUCUAGUUCAUUUAGACAUCAGUCAGAAGAACCGGAUUCUGAAUUACAGUGUAUAAACAGAUUCCCUUUCCUACCUUCAUAUGAGAUGGCGGUAGGAGAGGAUCGUUCAAGUCCGCCAAAUAUUUACACGACGUAACCAUCUUGGAUGCUAGUAUUGUCAACCAGAUUAUUCACGAUGUAGUAGGCUAGAUGUAGUCCCAAUGACUCGAUGAACAAAGCAGCUGAUCAUCUCAAAUUAAAGUAUGGACACCACUCGGUAAUCCAUCCGAUGAAGCGUUACAUUGGAGAUGAGGGGUCUCAAUGUAAAAAUUUUCAUUGACUGAAUUACAUGAUAAUUUUGGUAUCAACUGUGGCUUGGAACCAUUCUCUUUAUCAAUACCACUGUAACGUAUAAGAUUUAGAGUAACAUUUCAGACAACUGGAGAAUUUACUGUUAAUGAGUCCAUGUCAUAACAACGGUAUCAACCUACACUCUGUAAGCGCAAUCUUUAUUUACACUACUAUGCCAGAUUGGGGAUCUUGUUAAAAACACUUUCCUGUUCUUUAAUAGAUGCAUCGUACAUUUUCGCAGAAUUUCCCUCUUGAGUUGCUGAGAAUUCCGCGCACGCUGGUUCAGUAAUCUUGGACUGUAUACUUUCUCUUGAUUCAGGUUUUAUUGACGACAAUUCAGCAUUACACGUUCCGUUCUGCAAUCUAUCUACUCCCUUACAUUCUAAUCCUAGGGUUACAAAAAUGCUGCAUUUAUUAGCUAAGGA